AUGCGUGUAGUCAAAGCCAGAGCCGCGCUGCUCUCCGACUUGGAGGUCUUGCAGCUCCUGCGUGAGACAGAAGAGCAGCAAAAGACGCAGGCACGGCACAGGAAAGAGGAGACGGAUGACGUAUCCGAGAACGACGUGCCGCCCAAUCUUCGCACGAUUCAAUUCGAAACCAUCAAUGCUCUCUCGCAGGGCUUCCGUCCAUGCUCCUUGCAAAAACCAGAGCAUGUUCGCUCUUUUCUACAGGCCCUUGACCAGAAAGGCCACGUCAAGCCAGAUGCACGUAUCCUGGAAGGCGAGCCUGGUCUGACCAAGGGCGAACGCUUGCAGUUGGUCAACCAUGCGCCAGCCAGUAUCGUGGAACUGCACACGUUGAUUGAAGAGCUGGGGCAGCGCAUGUCCGAUGAUCAAAUUGCGGAUAUUCUCGAUUGCGUGGUGACGCACUUGCCGAUUCCAGAUACCAGUGCCACUGCCAUGUCGGUGCCAGCCACGACGGCACCCAUGCCUGAAAACACUGAAGGCGUCCAAGACAUUGUCAUGGACGAAGCUGAAAUCGAGGCGGCGCAGGAUGCCUUCCCUGAAGACGAAUUCGAGCAUGAAGAUCCUAAUGCGGGUGCCUCGGCCCAAGACGAUGACGACGACUAG